GUCUGGUGUGUCCUCUGCUGGUCACGUUCAGAUCCCGUCGCCAGGCGUAGGCAUGAGCUCUUCAGCCCUUGAGAAGUGGGUCGCAUGUCGCCGAGUUAAGGCGGAUGCCUCGAUACGGCUCUUCUGCGCGGCGUGGGCCGGUGGCAGCGCGAGCUCGUUCAACAAGUGGACCUCCAAGCUGCCGGAGGCGGUGGAACUACACGCGCUUGAGCUCCCCGGGAGAAUGAGGCGAUCCAAGGAGGAUAGUCUGACGUCCGUCUCUGCCAUCGUGGAAGGGGUUGCUCAGGCCCUGGUGACGAUGGGGCUGCUCGACAAGCCAUUCGCCCUGUUCGGGCACAGCUUCGGGUCUCUCGUGAUGUUCGAGCUUGCCCGAAAGCUUAAGGAAGACGCCGGGAAAAUCCCGGUGUACCUCAUCGUGUCCGGGUGCUGCCCGCCAGAUAUGUGCGUCGGCGGUGGGAGUUCGCCCCCGAUAAGCCAGCUUCCCCGUGACGCAUUGGUAGACCACCUUAUCGGCCUCGGAGGCAUGCCCGAGGAGUUAAGGGACCAGACGGAGCUUGUGGACUACUUUCUUCCCCCGAUUCGGGCGGACUACACCGCUUACGAGGGCUACAGGUACGAACUUCGCCCGGGGGACGACUCUCGGCCAAUCACGUGCCCAAUCAUCUGCCUCGGCGGGGAGGAAGACGGCAGGGCCCCGAGGAGCGACUUGGAGCGCUGGUCAAGCCUCACGGCAGCGGAAUUCCGCUUGCAGAUGUUCGGGGGGGGGCACUUCUUCUUGCAGGGGGAAGGAGAGCAAGCGGUGUUGACGUUCUUGGGUGAUAUUUUGACUGAAAAACUGAGGUGAAGGGUGGUUUCAAAGAGGAACAGACCUCCACGAAUUUGUGUGGUACUCUUUCGCGAACAUAUUGUGGGGGGGUUGCCGUUCGCUGUUUUGUGCUGUUGCACUGAGUUGCUCUUUGUGCGCGUGACCAAAAGGUUGUUUCCGAGUGAUUCGUUUUGAGGAGGGGUUUUCCAAUUGACCGCUGUUGGUUUUGUCGAGUCAAGCAGCCUAGUCACGCCCCCCGAGUGUAUGCACGUGCAUGCGCUCUCGUCAUGUUGAGAUCGUAUGAACCUUAACAUCUUGUGUUGAGAGCACACGACCAAUUGCAGACGACCACCGG